UUUUAUCAAAAGGAGGCGUGGUUAAAAGCCAGUUCGAAGUUCAGGCUCUUAAGGAUGCAAGUUGGAGGAGUUGUUCACUCAGGUAUCCUCCGACGUUACCAAAAGUCUGCGUGCGUGCGUGCGUGCGUGUAUGUGAGUGAGCGUGGUUGAGCAAAAGUUUUCAAAAGUAGCAGAAGAAGCAGCAAAUAUGCACGCGCAAAUCUCCAAAGUAUGCACAAGGAGCAGAAGCCUUGGGACUCGCCUAUGGGGCGUUUGCGUUCGAGGGAAAAGUGCAACUGUGAAACGCGGCUGCGCGGGUGAGGCACACGUGGUGGACUCGGCGGCGGCAGCGGAGCGCUACGCCCGAGCCUUCGCGACGGCCCGGGACCGGCCGGAGCAGUACUGGGCCGAAGUGGGCCAGGACAUACGCUGGUUCGAACCGUGGAGUAAAACACUGCACGUGGAGGACCCUGUGUUCCCCAACUGGUUCGUGGGAGGCAAGCUAAACAUGUGUUACAACGCUGUGGAUCGUCACGUGGAAGACGGGCGCGGCGAGCAGGCGGCCAUCAUCUACGACAGCCCCGUGACCGCCACCAAGCGGAUCAUCACCUACCGGGAACUGCAGGAACAGGUGUCGCGUCUGGCCGGCGUCCUGGUGAAGAACGGGGUCGGCAAAGGCGACCUGGUGGUCAUUUACAUGCCCAUGGUGCCUCAGGCCAUGAUGGCCAUGUUGGCGUGCGCCCGCAUCGGCGCGCCGCACAGCCUCAUCUUUGGUGGCUUUGCCUCCAAAGAGCUGUCGGUGCGCAUCGAUCACGCCCAGCCCAAAAUGAUCGUGACCGCCUCGUUCGGGAUCGAGCCGGGCCGGCGGGUGGCCUACGUGCCCCUGGUGGAAAAGGCCUUGGAACUCAGCUCUCACAAGCCCUCCAAAGUUCUCAUCUACUGCAGGGACAACACGGAGAACGUGUCCAUGAGGGGGGGCUUGGCCCUGGACUGGGACGAAGAGAUGGCGGCCGCCAGGCCCCACGACUGUGUCCCCGUCUCCUCGGACCACCCGCUCUACAUCCUCUACACCUCCGGCACCACCGGAACGCCCAAGGGUGUGGUGAGGGACACGGGCGGCUGCGCCGUGAUGCUCAAGUGGACCAUGUCCAACAUUUACGGACUUCGACCCGGAGAAGUUUGGUGGGCGGCGUCGGACCUGGGUUGGGUGGUGGGCCACUCGUACAUCUGCUACGCCCCCCUCCUGCACGGAAACAGCAGCAUCCUCUACGAGGGCAAGCCCGUGGGAACCCCAGACGCCGGCGCCUUCUUCCGCGUCUUGUCCGAGCACGGCGCCGCCGCCAUGUUCACGGCGCCCACCGCCAUCCGUGCCAUCCGCCAGCGGGACCCCCAGGCUCAAAGCGCCGCAGCGUACCCACUGCCCAGGCUGCGCGCCGUCUUCUUGGCGGGGGAGCGCUGCGACGUGGAGACGCUGGAGUGGGCCAAGAAGAGUUUCGGGGCUCCCGUGCUGGAUCACUGGUGGCAAACGGAGACGGGCUCUUCCAUCACAUCCACGUGCAUCGGCCUGGGCAACUCACUGACGCCCCCUGCGGGCCAGGCGGGAAAACCCGUGCCAGGCUACGACGUGACCGUGAUUGACGACCACAUGAGACAGGUGAAGCCCGGAACUUUGGGAAACAUCGUGGUGAAGUUACCUCUGCCGCCCGGCGCAGCAUCGUCCCUGUGGCAGAACUCGGAGCUUUUCAAGCAGACCUACUUCACUAAAUUCCCAGGCUACUACGACACCAUGGACGCCGGCUUCGUGGACAAGGAGGGCUUCCUGUACAUCAUGUCGCGCUCUGAUGAUGUCAUCAAUGUGGCUGGACACAGGCUGUCCGCAGGUGCUUUGGAGGAGUCGGUUCUGCAGCACCCAGCAGUGGCUGACUGCGCCGUUGUGGGUUUGGAAGACCCUCUGAAGGGCCACAUACCCCUUGCCUUGUGCGUGCUCAAAAAUGGAGUGAAGCAGCGCCACGAGGAGGUAGCGAGCGAGACGGUGAAGCUGGUACGAGAUACGGUGGGACCCGUGGCCGCCUUCCGGAAGGUCGUUUUCGUCCGCGGGCUUCCCAAGACGCGUUCCGGAAAGAUCCCGCGCUCCACGUUGGAAAAUCUGGUCAACGGGAAGCCGUACAAAAUCACGCCCACCAUCGAGGACCCUGAAGUGUUCAAGGAGAUCGAGGAAACUCUGAAGUCCCACGCAGCCUGAACUCGCCGCGGGCCAAGAAGUCACAAGGGCCGUUCGCUUUGGUUCAGUUGUGAGGGAGGAGUUCAAAAGGGCAGCCGUGAAGAUGGGGGGAAAAAAAAGGAAGAAAAAGUUACAAAAGUAUAAAAGGAAAAAUGAAGUUCAAAUAAAUUUUAGUUCAGAAAGUAAAAGGUUGGUUGAAAUGAAAAACUAGUUCCAAUGACAACAAUAACAUUUAAGCAAUUUCAAAUCAAAUGAAAAUAUGCAAGUUCAAGUCAAAAUAAAAAAGGCUAACUACGAUGGUUUACAUUUAAAAAAAAUAUAUAUAUAUCUUACCGGCUAUUGUGGUGCGUUGGGGCUCCGGAAAAAAAUGUGACGUGUAGGCCGUCCUCGUUGAAUGACGUCUGCCCAUCGUGACGUCAUGUGACGUUCAAGAGCGCUCGUUUCUCCGUCAAUUCAACCACCUUGCACUUCUGAAUGUUUCUUCAAGAAUGAAACCAUCCACUCGGUCGUUUUUGCUUUUAAUGUCUUUUUUUUCUUUUUUGCUCACCACUUGAAGGUUUUCCACCACCAACGUACAAGAAGUCAAAAAUAAAUCAAAACGUAUUCACACAAAAUGGAACCGUGAUGACGUCUGCGUUCGUGCAAAUUGUAAGACUUCCAAAACAAACAUUUGAGUCCAUCAGAAGUUCAGAGGCGGAAAACGUCGAGUGACACCAAGCGUUUCUGGCCGUUUUUUUUUUUUUUUUUUUUUAAA